GGCAAACACGCAGGCACAACGUGGGUGACCGGAUUCCAAGUCGGUGACAAUGACGACGAUGCCCAGCUUGUUGGCCCCAUCAUUAGUCAGUCGGAGAGGUGUAUAGUCACGGUGACUGAUGGGACCUCUUCCUAUGACGCAUCCGCCGGAUAUGCCGUGCCAUCAACCAGGACGAGACACUCAUAUCCUUCUUCAACCGCACUCUCAUGUUCCGUGGGCCGUCCCGAAAUGAGAUAUCCAUCACUCAGACUUUCGAUGCGAUACGCGUGGUUGACAACUAUCGUAACAGUCUGGACUGCGGCGGCACUCUCGGCGUGAAGUUGAUGCGGACCACCCGGAUACCUGAUGACGGGAAGACCUAUCACCUUCCGCAGGACUUUGGUCCCUUCCCACUCUUGUCCACAGAGGAUUUCAAGGACACGCUGCCGCCGAGGAUGAAGGACAAGGGGGGAGUCUUCAUUCCGAUGCUUCUUCGCGAAGCUCUGUUCCUAUCAAUGUUGCUACCAUCGGACGGGCCUUUCCGUUCACUGUGGCCCGAUUCUACCCCAGCUGACGAGCCAGCAAAUGAAAGCUUCGCAAUGAGGGUGUAUGCAGGGAGGCUGAAUGUCGUCUCGGCUGCGGACCCUGUUGGUUCACAUCUCAACCCAAAAGAGCCCGAGCAAGAUUACAUCGUCGUACCAAAGCAAAGCCGCUUGGAUGGCUUCACUUCUGUAUCGGGCCACACCAUGCGACAGUUCAAUGCCGUAUCGCUUGGUUCGAACUACUCAGCUGAGUCCCAAGUUUCGGGUGAUGAAGUUGGUGGACUUCAGCUUCAGUUCGCGCCGAGGUUCAAGAGAAAUGUAGAGUUCCAAGAGUUGUUGGGUGGCGCGCCUCUCGAUAUUACAGCUACUCCGCGGGAACUCGGGCCGAGGGUGAACGGUCUGUUGCUCAUGGAGCCCAAUUUAGACCCCGUGUUUUCUCCCCCAGUCUGGAACGCUCACAACCUUCGACCACCAGCCUUUGAUGGAUGGGGGUUUCGCGAAGGGGGGUACAAGGCUUCUAACAGUGAAUUUCUAUGGCCGCCGCCUUUCAGGCGAGACGCUUCCAAGGUUGGAGGGGCACCAUCCAGCCAGCGCAAAGGAGACACCGAGAAAAGUACGAAUACGGCUCCCCCCAUGUUCGCAACUGGUGGGUUUCCUACGGAUGCCCUCGGCGUGCCGUAUCAAGAGGGAAGACCACACGCACGGCAGCCCACCCCAGAGAAGGCGAAGGUCGGUCACCUGGAGCCUGCGCGUCCGUCAACAGUUUCAGACUUGUUCGCCGCCGCCGGGGUGUCCUUUGGGACACCUUUAUUCCUCAAACCCGUCCGUCCGAUUACAGUUGACUUUGACGUCAAGGUCAAGAUUCCACCCACUAAGCCUAGCUACGCGGUUGGCGGUUGGGCCAAUGUGCCUAUUGCCAUGAAGGUGGCUGUCACAACAUCGGUCUUUGAGGACGCCCUGUCAUUCCAUGAUCGGGUCAUGGCCGCAGUCAAACACCAUUUCCGUGGUGUGGUAGAUGAAGAGUACCACAACCUCAACUUCGGCUGUUUUGACUUGAUGGGCGAAUCGGAAAUACGGGAAGUCUACGGCGAAUCAUUCCCUACUUACAUGGCUAUCCAUCGCCUCUCCAUCUCAAAAGCACGUUGCGUCGAAAUGAAGAUCGAGGAGCUGGUCUCAUACUCGGAGCCUCGGUACAGGACGGACCAGCCCGAGUUCGAGCUGAGCUUAGCCCCCGGCGCGAUUGUGGAACAACGGGUUUACAAAGACAGGACGCCCCGGCUUUGGAACUGGGAUACAACCGCCGUCGUCAACGUUCAAAUCCUCAACGCCGUGGCGUUUAAAUCCGCUACCGGACUCAGUCCACCCAUUCCGGCUAUCUCCUUUGACGAGUAUACGCGUGCCGGACUCCCACUCUUGUCAUUUUACGACACCGACGAUAGCGAGCCCCUACGUCGCUUGACGGAACCGAGCAAUCCAAUCCGCAGUAUAGGAGAUAUCGACCGCCACCAUGACUUGGCUGUGGGCGUCAGGAUGAAGCCCGGCCAUCGCCCGGUCAUUUGCGCCAUUUGCGAGCAUCGACUCUGCAACGCGGUUCUUGUGCCGUGCCACCACAUCUUCUGCAGCUGGUGCAUCCGCUUCUCCAUGACCGAAGACGAGGGUGUGACAUGUGGUUUCUGCAGAAAGCCCGCGCCUACAGUGAACGUCUACGCUGCGGCCACGGAUAUCGACAAGGGGCCCGCACCCUCCGAGACGCGCAGUCAAGAGGGCGCGACGCCGGUGCAGAAACUCCUGGGACUGUUCGACCGGGACUCCGGACAGGACUGGCCUACACGGCCGAUGCGUGAAUGGAGGGGCAAUCCGGACCUCGGAAAUUUGAUACCGAUUGUCCCGCCGUCAGCACUGAUGAUAGCUCAAAUUUUCCGCGAGUGGGAGAUGGGCCUCCGGAGCGAGGCUAAGGUACAGGACCUGGCGAUGGAGUUAUUCACGGGUCUAAAGAUGGAGGAGCGCGGCUCCGAAGACCCCCUCAAGGCCUUUGUCACGCUGGCUGCUUCAAUGGAGCGCGACUGGGGAGAAUGGGGAUUUCUGGUGCAAGGUGAGCCUCGGAAAAAGCGAUUCGGCCGUGGUGGGUAGGAUAUCCCCUCCUUGGCUUCGCAUAAUUAGGUACAUGUAGCCACAUCUCUGUCUACUAGGGUUAUCAAAACCUAUCAUGUUUGUUCGGG